AGCUUUUGAGUGGUGUUAUACCAGCUUAAAAAUCAGUUUUUAAAAGGUUUUAAAAUAUGCAAUUAGGAUUGGGGUUUUUUUUCUGCUUUCUUCCUGGUCCUGAAAGUACACUUGGGUCACAUCCAUGGCACAUCAGGAACUUGGCUAUUGUUUUAAAAUGGUAGCUGAGAUGCUUCUUUAAUGGGACUUUAAUAACAGGGAUUUCAAGAAAACACCAGUAUUGCAGGACUCAUAAAUAAAGCUGAGAGCUGGCAACACCACUAUGCACUGCUGUUGGUGGCUGUUACUAAGCGUAUGAAACACUAUUAGAAACCUACUUCUGUCCAUGAGAACCUUGAGAAUCUUUCCUGGCCUACAAAGUGCAGCUUUUUGGUGGGCCUUGACAAUGCAACUUCAACGGACAUGAGGCUGCUUUAAUAGCAAAUUUUGAAGCUAUAGCAUUGAAUUUUCCUACUUCCUCAGCUUCGCAGCUCCUUUUUCAAACAGUUGUGGGGUUUUUUUUGAGGUUUCAUUGUAAAUAUUGCUUCUUCCAGAAAGGUGAUCCUGUUUUUUAAUGAGGAUGACUGCAGUCACUGUUCUCCAUGCAGUGCAAAAAUGGGUCAAGAAUUCUUCAGCAGUGGGUUGUCAAGUUUAGGUGUAGGCAGAGCUGAAUGCUUCCAGCCUCAGAGUUCAGUCCCCAAAUUGUCAAGAUCAUUUGAGGAAAAGGUUCUUUUCUCCACAGUAGUAAUGUCACUAUUUCCUUCUGCUACUGUGCUUCUCCUUCCACUCCCCUCUGUUAGAGCGGUCAGUCAGCCAGUUUACAGGCUGAAGUCCAACUUCAAUUGAUCUUUAAAUUGUUGUUCAUCACUUUGAGGAAAAUUUUAUAGUCAUAUCUCUCUAGUUGUCUUUGGCUAACCCUUCAUGUCUCCAUGGCAUGAUCUGGACCCUUGCUCUGUGUCUAUCUGCCAGACAGCCAAUAACUGUGGAACCCAUUAGCCAGUUUUAGCCAAAUUGAGCAGAAAGGUUAAAGUCUCAAAGUAUGAAGUUGGCUGGUUUAUAGAUGACAUUUCUUUCUAAUCAGCACACAAGUUACUCUGUAUCAGCCACAAAACCUACUGCCCUUUGCCCAGUCUGCAUUUAAAGGACAUAGUAGGGAACUGUGGGAAGAACAAAAAAAAAAUACACAGAGGGAGCCGCUCUCUCACAGGAUAAAUGGGAGGGGUAGACAGGGUUAUCGCAGUGGUCACAAACUUCUCUUGAGACCAGGCUGCAGGUGGCUUACCAAACAACCCGUCAUAUACUUGUGUGAAGUCCAUGUAGACAAUGCAGCUGUUGUUUAAUGUAACUGCAAUAUAACAUUGUUUUAUUGAGGGGCAGUACACUUUACAGUAGAUUUCUAUAAUGGUGUAAUGGUGAGAAGUUCCAGGUCCCCCACCCCCCAUGUAACUUUAGCUCCAACCAUGCUUCUGCAAGAUACUUGUGUAAGAGAGGUAAUGCCAGAAAUGUGACCUGCACUUCUCUAGCUAUCAGCUCAGGAGAAUGUGGGUUAUGGCAGAAUGAAGGAGCAAUCACAUCUGGGUUACCACUGUGAACUGGUACACUCUUAUGGGAAGCUGGCUCUGAAUUGACGAAAUGGAAGAAUGAGAAUGAAAACUGAGCUGAUGACAGCCUGUAGUUGAACGCAGAAGCUUAGAAGAGUUAAUCUCAACACAAAAAUCACUUAUGAGGAUUCCCACCCAGAGUGCCGUCAUAGGAACGUUACCCCCCCGAAGCAGUAUGCCACAGGCCCCAUGUCUCAUGGGUCUCAUGGUCCAUGCACAGCUGAGAUCACCCACAGAGAUGGCUCCAGGCUGCAAAGUAAUGGUGACCCCACCAAAUGCAUAUAAUCAGGUUCCGUGAUAGGUACAUAUGUUCUCAAUAUGAACUGGAGUAGGGAUAGCAGAUGAAAAGGGAUGCAGAGGAAGAUGCAGCACUGCCCUGAAACACUUGCAGUCUAAGUAGGCACAAUAAGUGAAGGAGGCUUUCAAAUGGCCUCAGGGCUGGCCUAACUUUAUUCCUGUCGAAGUCAGCGAUAAAACUCCCAUAAACGGAACCUUUUUCAAAAUCCCACCCUUGAGGCAUUAAAGUACUUAAAGGAAGAGACUGGAAAUCGUGCAGGCUUUAGAUUCAAUUUUGAUCACUUUUGAUACGUAUUUCAGUGGGCCCAGCCAUGCAACAGCAAUAAGAAGGGCUUCUCUCUCUGUCUGUUUUGCUCGUGCACAUUUGGUAAGUAAAAUGUGUAGGGACAAUUAUACUGUGGUUUUAAUUCCGCCUCAAAAUGCAGUAUCAUGGGCACACACGUGCUGUGUGGAGCUGUGAAGAACUGGUACCAUCACUUAUGUGAUCAAAGCUGUAUGGCUGAUACACCAGUGAAUUCUCAAGAGGGCAGAUAAUCUUACAGCAAAGGCCCAGGGCUGGCACUCAGGAACUCCAGUUUUAUUUCUCAGUUCUGCAUGGGCUUCCUGUAUGACCUCAGCACAGUCAUGUAAUUGCUCGAUGCCUCAGUCCAUCAUCUCUUUAAUAGGGUUACUACUUACUUAUUUCCUUUCUCCCGCCCUGGCCUGCCUUACUCGGCCUGCAAUUCUGCCAGGGAGUGGAGCAUUUCUUACCACGUGCAGGGCCUGCACCCCGUACAAUGAGACCUAAUGGCAAUGCCUGUAGAGCAAUGCAAUGCCAAUUAAAUAAAUAAAUGAAGAUGAUAAUAUAAUUUAGGACUAGAUUUGCAUCUCGUCAUCCAGCCCAAGGUCAAAGUGCUACACUUGCCUGGAACUUCAGGACCUGAGGAAGCACUCCGUGGGGAGGUUUCUGCAUCCGUCAAAAUCAGGCCCAAACACUAGCAGGUUUUGGGAAGGGGCCGAGUGUCAGUCACAGCUUUGCCAGCCAGCUUUCUCUGGCUGACUGCUGAAAGCCACAAGUAGAGGCUCCUCAGAGACGCAGUGUUGGACUAAGCAUCUUCUCAUCGUGCACGACCUUGUCUGAUCUUGGUUCCUGGCUCUUCAACUCUGCUGCCGUUCUCCUCCCCUACCAACUACUAAAUCAUACACAUGAAUGCCAGUAUCCCAAUUGCAGAGUAGCCAGUGUCUUUUUGAGCUGCCUUGCAUUCCCGUAAGGAGCCACGUUACAACAAAAGCAAUGGCAGGGCAUGCAAUGUCAUGACCCAAAAUGGAGCUGCAGGGAAAACUAUUUCCAUUACUUGAACCUGCAUUCAUUCUGAUUAAUUCAGUGUCUCCUACUAUAUUUAGAUAACUGAGGAUUAAUUGUAUGCAUGCUGAAAUGCUGUCCCUUGUAACAACACCAUGCCAAACUAUUCCUAACUUGAGUGCCCCUUGAAUUCGAAACCUAACUAGACCCUGAGUGCCUUAGGCCUCACUUAGAAGGACGUGUAAGGCAUGUGGGAUCAGGGCCUCGCUGUUUUCUAACCAAACCGAAUGGUUUUCAAACCUCAUUGCUUGUCUAUAAUGCUAAAUAAAUCAAGGAUAAUUUAAUUUGCCUGCUAAUUCUAUGCAGCAAUGCUUCAGCAGCACACCUACUUCUCUGCACAUGCUGCUGUCUAUAUCUGGCAUCAGAGACACUACUACUGUUGUACCAAAUCUAGUCCAUAGUUCAGUCCGAUACAAAACUAGGUGAGAACUGAUACAUACACGUUGCUAUUGUAAUGCAUUUGUAACUGCAUCUAUAUUAAUAGCUUUAUGUUCCUUGGCUUUGUGGGUCACCUCUUUAUUCAACCCAUAAUUAACUACGUCUUCAAGUGAACUAUUUUGGAGGGCUUUCUGCUAGGGCAUGGCCUCCGAGGAGGAAGUACAGCAGGAUUAUAUUCACGUGUGGACAUGUCUGAACUGAACACGCCCUGUAUCACACACUGGUGGAAUUAAAGUUUUCAAUUGGACUCCAGAUUUAAAGUUUACCAGAAUAACUCCCGCACCACUGAUUUAUGAGCAGUGGAAACAAGGCAGAAGAGCAGCAGCGCGCUACGCCGCCGUGCCUGGCAGCCCGAGCUGGCUCCAUGGCGAAGCGCAGGCAGGGAGUGCUGCAGCUGUGCCCCUUCCUGGCCAGGCGGGCAGGGCGCAGGUCAGCGGUAGGGACAAGCCAGGCGGUUGCGGCUGGUUUUGCCGCUUCAUUUCUAGCAAGCGCGGAGAGCCAGGGCGAAUGCAGCCCUGGGAGGAGUUACCGUGUGCUCCGAGAGACUCGAGCCUUCCCGCCGCCGCCUUCCCGCGGCCCGGGCGGCGCGGUCAAGACCCGGGCGGCGGCUGAGACACGGCCGCGGCGCCUCGGAGAUGCCGCUCCGCAGCCGCGGGGAGGGCGGGCGGGCAGGCGCUGUCCCCGCCGGGUCCCGGCACCCUCUCCCGCUCGCCCAGGCCCGGCGGCUCCCCCUGGCCCGUCGCUCCCGCCCCGUCGGGGCGGCCCCUGCGCGGCACCGCCCGCCCUCCGCCCGUGGGCGGGCCGUGCGGUGCCGUGCGGUUAGGUUGAGGCUCCCUGCGUGUGUCUAUAACUUUGUGUUGCUGCCGGUGGUUGUUAGGAGGAGGGAUGUGGAAGUCGGCGGCGAGCAGGGUGACAGGCUGCUCGGGCGGGCUGCGGCGGCGGCUGGCUGGCUCGGCGCGGGCGGAUCGCUUGCCUCUCGCCGGCUGCUCGCAGAGGGAGCGGGCGGUGUGCCGCUUUCCCCUCCUUCGCCUUUAAAGGGAAGGCGCCUCGGAGCUGAAGGCGCAGGAGCAGGAGAAGCAGGAAACAUGCAGCAGCGCUGCUUCUUCUUCCCGUGAAUUCGGAUCUCGAUUUCUGCCGGUGUGGAGGUGGCUGUUGAUUCUCCCCCCCACCCCCCGCCUCCCUCCCCUCCCGAAGUGGCUCUCCCUGCCUCUUCUGCCUGCGCUUUUUAAAUGACUUGAGUGAAGGGGGGGAAAAACUGUCAAGAUGGCAGCAGCAGGAGCAAGGAGGUUAUGAAUGUGGUGUUGAUGCUGGAACAAAACCUAUUCUCUUUGGCAGCCCUAGGGAGGGCUUAAAGCUUCUGGACCUGUUGGAAGACUGGCGAUUUGAUUUGUUCCCGUUGUGUUUGCUUUUUCCCUGCGAGAAGAAGGAUUUAUUAUUUUUUUAAAUCGACCAGCCCCCGGGGUGGCUUUUUCCCGCCCCCUGCUCCGUCGGCUGUGAGAUUUUGGGGGGUUGGUUGCGUGUGGCUUGGGGGGCACCACAAAGUGACAGGCUUACGCUAAUAUGCAGUUGGAUGUACGCUAAGACUUCGGCUCCCUUUAGGGCGUUUUGAAGAAGGAAAAAGUCUUCGGCGUAAUCUGAAAGACCCCUCUCCCUGCCCUCCUGCCGAGGGAGGGUGCAAAGGACCACCCCCACCCCCACCCCCCAAAAAGGGAAGAUAUCUGCGGAAGCGACGAGGAGCGAGCUCGGAGGCGCCGGGGGCGGGGGGCGGGGGGGUGUCCUCUCCGGGCUGGAUACAGCGCGGUUCCCGCUGGAGCUACUUCUGCAUCCGCAUGGAGUGAAACAUAAACAAACGCACACACGCACCGCAGGAGCGGCCGCUGCUCCGCCGGCGCGGAGGGCAGCGCCGCGGGCACCUCCGGCACCGCCCGGCCCCGCGCUGCCCGCCCUGCACCGCCGCUCCGGCUCCUAAUCUGAUUUUUUUUUUUUUUUCCUUCCCCUCCCUCCCCUUCCCCCCGGCUCCGGCGUGCGCAUCGCCCGCGGGGAGCGGGGCUCGGGGUGCAGCGGAGAGCCUGCCAGCCCUUAGCGGAGAGCGGCAUGCCCGCCCGGCGGCCCCCCGCUUGCUAGGCUCCCGUCGGCACCGAGGAGGAGGCGGCGGAGGAGGAGCGGGGUCGGCGGCCGCCCGCCCCGUCGCAGCGCCCCGCCACCGCAGCCGCCCGCGGGGGAGGCCAAGAUGGCAGAGGCGUCGCCCCCCGCGCCGCUCUCUCCCCUGGACGUGGAGCUGGACCCCGAGUUCGAGCCGCAGAGCCGCCCCCGCUCCUGCACCUGGCCCCUGCAGAGGCCUGAGCUGCAGGCCAGCCCAGCCAAGCCUGCCGGCGAGCCGCCCGCCGACGCCGCCUCCAUGAUCCCCGAGGAGGAGGACGACGAGGAGGAGGGGGGCAGCUCGGCCAUGGCCGUCGGCAGCGCGGUCCCCGCGGGCGGAGAAGCGGCGGCGGCGGCCACCGCCGUCCCGGAGGAGGCGGCGCGGCUGCUGGCCCCGCUGCCCGGCGGCGGCCCGGAGGGGCCGAGCCUGUCGCCGGGGGGAGCCGCGGCGGCAGGCGGCGGGGGGCUGAGCGGGGGCCCGGCGGCGGCGCCGAGGAAGUGCUCGUCGCGGCGCAACGCGUGGGGCAACCUCUCCUACGCCGACCUGAUCACCCGCGCCAUCGAGAGCUCCCCGGAGAAGCGCCUCACCCUUUCCCAGAUCUACGACUGGAUGGUCCGCUGCGUGCCCUACUUCAAGGACAAGGGCGACAGCAACAGCUCGGCCGGCUGGAAGGCCCUCAAACUGACACGAGAUGUAGAGAGAGAACCCUUUGCCAAAUCUGCUGUCAGCAAGUGGACAGUGAUACUGUUUACAGCUUAUGACCUUUGUGAACCCUGCAUUAUUUUCCUAAUGAAGCAGACUGCUAAUAGGCCCCUUACCAGAGUGAAGAUCCUCCUUUUUUUUUUCUUUUUUUUCUUUUUUUUUUUCUCUUUUUUUGGGGAAUUGAACUCAUUCUGAAGUAUGCAAAAUCUUCCUUUUCUGGGAUGGCCAAGCACCUGCUGUGGAGACAAUGUUCAGCACCAUCCUGUUGAGAACACACUGUGUAGCCUUUUACAGUAGUUACUUGUCAAUGAGUAUGUGGUGUUUCGAUAUAUUAAUGGUUUAUGGGAUGUUUUAAGUUGGCUUUUCUUUUUGGAGGUUUUCCUUGUCUGCCCACCCUCUCCCCCUAAAACCUCCAGUUUGAUUUCCUUAGAUUUUUGACCAUUUUUGCUUUCUCUCCCUUGGGAAUCUGAAGUACUGUGCACACGCAAGGAAAUGAUCAUAACCCAGCACUGCUCAGACGUCAGGGUUUUCUGAAUAUACAGCAUUUGCUAUACGGAUCAACCAGCUGAAUUCCAGAGAGAGGUGAUGUGUGUGGUCUGUUCGUUUGUUGGGUUGGUUGGUUUGUUUCUUUCUUAUUAUUUCCUUAAAUCUAAUGGUACACCCCUGUUUUCCAUAAGCAUCAAACCAGGGUUGAUUGCAAAUCAAGGGAAGCCUUUGAGUUUGCCUCUUGACUCGUGAGGACGGACUGACAGCAGGUGCCAUUGCCCACAUAUGCACGGGGCAGGAGCCCAUUUGCUGCCCACCAGAGCAGGCUCCCCUCCUGCCGUAUGUUAGCAAAGCUGCCCCUGCUGCCACAGCAAGCUGGUAAGGAGUUGUAAGCUGAGCUGCCAGACAAGUUGAAUAUAGCCACCUGUAAGGAUGCGUUUGAAAAAGCAAAAAUUAAGGGAAAUAUGCCACUUGGCAGAAAACCUGAGCGUAGAGGCUGGGCAUCAGCAGGUGACUUGCAGUGGCAAUACUGGGAGUUGAGGCACAGGUCAUUGCAGGGUGUGUUGCUGCAUUGGUGAUCCUUUUGGGGUUUUUUUUUCUUUUACUCCGUUUUGGACAUAUCCUUGAUUAUUUUUUCCUGCUCAUUAUGUAUGAUCUGUUGUGGCAGAAGAAGCAAGAGAGGGAAUGGCGAGGUGACAGUAUCAUACAAAUGGCUUUUGAUAUGAGCAUAGGUUGUAACAGGAUAAAUGACACUGAAAGACAAGGCAAUUUUAUAUAUUUUGCUUCUAAGAUUUUCUUUUGUAAGAUGAAUAAUAACUAAUAAUAAUAAUGAAUAAAAGGUAUGGUGCUGUAUAGAUCCUCUAUAAUCUGGAAAGUUUGAUUACUUUUUAGUAGUAUCUUGUGGGGGAGGGAUACAAAAAAAGAGGGGAAAACACCAAUGGUACAUAGGAACUUGGUAUGAAGAAGUUCUGAAUAGGACAGUGUAUACAUAAUUCUCCAAAGCGAUAUAUGAAGUUUUUUUUCUUUGCAUAAAAGCGUUAUGCAUAUAAAUAUAUAAAUAUAUUUUAUUAUGUACAGAAAUGGAUCAUUAUGCAUGGAUGUUAGGAAAACAAACUAGCAUUUUAACCCAAAGCCUCAGUGCAUGAGUUCCCACCAACCCGUGUCCCAUGCAAUGUGGAGUGACUCCCGCUCGCCACUGCCACCGCACAUACACAGUCAUGCAUACACACAGGUGUGCACAUACACGUGCGCAAACAUGCAAGCAUUCAUGGGCCCUUCCUCCCGCCUUACUUUCCUUACUUUCCAGGUCCCCGAGGUGAUAUUGGUGAAACAACAGCUCCUAGUGUGAUGGAAGUUUUGGUUUUGUAUCGUAGCCCCUACGCUGUGCUCUCGUAAAGAUGCACCUCUUGGUUUCUUCCUGCAGUUAUGACUGUGUAGACUCUGUGCAGUUGUGGUUAUCGUAGCCCUGUAGCAUAUCAACUCUUCCAAGCAGCCAAAGGUUUAUCAUUCACCUUUGAAAAAGAAUUCUCUUUUGGUUUUACACCGAGGUGGUCUAUUUGUCAGCGUGGAGACUAGUUUAUUACAUUUAUUGGAGUUAGCUGAUGCUCAUUGUUCAUCUGUGUCAGCAGCCAGCUACCCGGGAGGCUCAUGCGGCACAGUGGUCACCUGGGCUAGAAGUCACUUUGCUUAUCAGAGUCCAGUUGCAGGCAUCUUCUGCCCAAAUUCUUUGAGAGGUUUAUCACCAGCCUUCUCCAAACGUGUAGCAUUAGCUCUCAGCUUCCUGGUACACCCUGAAACGUGUGAGCGUACGCUGGAGGACUUCACUCUGGUGCUCCUUUCCCCGAGGCUCCCCUGUGGCUGCUGCCCUGCAGCUAGGCUUGUGCCCCUGUCCCGUGGUUUUGGCUGCCAGCAGAGCCCACUCGGUGGCUCCCCAUGCUAGCAUGCAGCAUUUGGCCCCUGCACGGGUCAGCCUCCAGUGAGGCCCGGGGUGCCUGCCCAAAGACCACCGACCAGGUCACUGACAGCACCAGUAAGACGUGACUUGAUGGUAUGGCCAAGGUGACCACAAUCCAUCAUUAUUUUUUUUUUCUUGGUACAGAUGCAGUUCUUGUCAAAAGCAAGGGAAGGCCCGUUAGCUUAAACUAAAUGGGGGCGCCUUCUGCUCUGCUCUGGCAGCCUGGCCCCCUUGAGUUCGACGAAGCUAGCUCCCACUGGCAGGAAUGAGAGAGAAAACUAUGGUCCGCUCUGUUCAAAAAAAUGGAGAAAACCCCACUUAUUUUAGAGACAGCCCAUCAAUGGCAGAGAAGUUGUGGUGGUUUUGUUUUUUUUUUAAAAGCAUUAGUGACUGAAAGGCUUAAUUUGCCUCCCAGCAAUGUCAAAGAAAGUAUUUCCAUUGGCAUGGCUGGGACACCUUGGGCCCCUGCUUCGGAGAACAUCCCAGCGCUUGCUGAAGAGAGGUGGACUUGGCCAACCUCUUCAGUUUGAUUUGGUUUCUUUUGCUCAUUUUUGGGGCCAGAAUUUUCUAAUGGACACGCCUGGUGUCAGGCACCAAGCGCCAGGGACUCCAGCAUGCUCACAGGGGUGAGCUGCUCUGCCCUCGUCACUCCUCAAAGGAAGGAGGGGUGCCAGGUCCCCCCAGGCCCAGGGGAAAGUCACCACCCUCUAUGCCUGCUGAGGUGCCCAGCAAAUGCCCUCCUCUCCAGAGGUGCUAGAUAAAUCUCUCUGAAUUCAAAGGGCCACUUAUUUAGGUGUCAGAAUACAGACUUGAAUGGCUAAUUUUGGGAACCUACCUUUUGGAAAUCUUUGAAUCUUUGAACACGUUUCCUUCUGAAACCUUGUAAAACAGAUAAAAGUCCAAAACAAUUACAUAGUUAUCGUUCAGACACCUGGUCUAACCAAAAGAUCUAAAGAGGUGACAUUUAUGCUGAUCGUAGUCACAGGUUUGGGGCUUGAUUUAAUGAUUUUGUAAAAUAAUUUUCUCUGAGGAUAAUUGGAUAGUUGACCACCGCUUAACUCCAGAAAUUGUGCCACUGCUUCAAAAAGUGACCUUUCAGGUCAUGUAUUUCUCUAGAAUUAUGUCAUUGCUUGGCAAUUGGUGUCCUGCAAGUGUUUCUAGUACACGAUACACCUUUGGAAUUGCCAAGAGAUGCGAAGGGGGACCAGAUACAUUUCGUUACUAUGGGUUGGAAAAAAUGGAUUGUACAUUUGGCUUCACAUGUUUAACUUUUUUUUAAAAAAAGUUGCAUGAUUGGAAAAAAUAUGUAUACAGUAUCUGUAAAGCUGUUUUAUCUGUUUUUGUUUCAAGCCAUGUAAAUUGGAAGAAUAUUAAAUCCACAGCCUUAUCGCGCAUGGCCGUCUUUACAUACCGAAGAGCUGAACAGUUUAUACUUUUCAUUUGGGCUAUCUUGUACUUUCAUUUGAAAGCAGACACUCUCAUGUUGCAGUCUUACUGAGAAUUUUAUAUUAAAGAAAAAAGAAAAAAGAUGCUGCCCUGGAGGAAUAUACUACCUUACUACACAGAGGUUGGAAGGAAGUUUGUUUUGGAGCAAAACCUGCCCCUUUCCAAACAAAGUAGAGACGCAGUGCUUACUCCACUUGGUGUUAGUAGAUAUUGCCUUGUGUAUUCCAUUUUAAAUUGUAAUCUAGUUUGUAAAAGAGAUGGUGACGCAUGUAAAUAAAGCAUAAUGGAUCUCUACAUUGCA